CGCGGGUACCCAAAGAAUUGUGGGAUAGCACGAUUGAGCUGCAUAAUUAGUCCUCGCAAAAUUGGUCGUUUGACGAAAAAUUUGCCCGGACUGUGGCCGUCUUGACUUCGGGACCCCCGGGAACACAAUGACCAUCAGAGACGGCCAUCACUGGUAACCUUUGAUCCCGAGACGUUGGAACCUCUGCUAUCGGAAACAUGCCGAGCUUCACAGGGACCGUGAAGCUGAAAAUAUGCGAAGCCGCAGACCUGAAACCGACGGAUUUAACCACUAGGCACGUCAACGUGGUCGGCUCGAAGCCUCAACAGAUGCUGAUAGACCCCUAUGUGUCCAUCAAUGUCGAUGAUAUUCUGAUUAGCCGGUCCACCACGAAACAGCGGACAUUUAAACCCGUCUGGAAUGAAUACUUCACGGCUGAGGUUCACAACGCCCAAAACCUGGGAUUAACCGUCUUUCACGCAGCUAUCCCAUCCGAUGACUUUGUCGCCAACUGCACCGUCUCUUUCGACGAGCUAGCAAACUCGGCCAAAGGCACCAAUGAGAACGAUAUUUGGAUUGACCUAGAACCCGGUGGAAAGAUUCAUGUUGUCAUCGAGCUACACUCCGCGGAAAAUGUCGCUGCGGAGAAGCCACGAGAAUUCAAGCAACGCCAGGGCCUCAACAGGCGGAGGGGGGCCAUGCGGCGACGAGUUCAUCAAGUCAACGGGCACAAGUUCAUGGCCACCAUUCUCCGCCAGCCUACCUUCUGUUCCCACUGCAGAGAGUUUAUCUGGGGCCUUGGGAAGCAAGGAUAUCAAUGUCAAGUCUGUACCUGUGUUGUUCAUAAGCGAUGCCACGAAUACGUCGUCACUAAAUGUCCGGGAAUGAAGGACAACACGAACGAUGAACUGGCUGCAGGCAGUCGCUUCAACAUCAAUAUUCCACACCGUUUUAUGGUGCACAACUACAAACGGCCAACAUUUUGCGACCACUGUGGUUCUAUGCUCUAUGGUCUCUUCAGACAAGGCCUACAAUGUGAAGCAUGCAACAUGAACGUUCACAAGAGGUGCCAGAAGAAUGUCGCCAAUAACUGCGGCAUCAACCCGAAGCAGAUGGCGGAAAUCCUCAGCGCCAUGGGCAUCUCCGGGGAUAAGCUCACCAAGCGGAAGAAGAAGCAAGGAAUAUCCCUCACCCAAGAGAUAUACAACCAGACUUCUAUCAGUGAGUCACCCAACAAGCUAACACAGUCUGUCUCGGAAAGGUCACAUACGUCGCCCCUGCCUGCCACAUCAGAUCAGGACAAGGGGAUGUCAAGCAUGGGCUUUGGUCCGUACGACAUGCUGUCCCUGACUGACGCCUACGGGCAGUUCACACUGAAGGUGUCAGACUCAGCGGGAGAACCUCCACCUGACAAGUACUUGAUGGGUGACGAACGGAAGCGCAGAUACGGCCUCGACGAUUUUACCUUUAUCAAGGUGCUGGGAAAAGGCAGUUUUGGCAAGGUGAUGCUAGCAGAGCGUAAGGGCACGGAAGAAGUAUAUGCAGUAAAAGUGCUCAAGAAAGACGUGAUCUUGCAAGAUGACGACGUAGAUUGCACCAUGACGGAGAAACGCAUCCUGACCCUCUCUGCUAAGCACCCGUUCCUCACUGCAUUACAUUGCUGCUUCCAAACAGAGGACCGGCUGUUCUUUGUGAUGGAGUACGUCAACGGAGGUGACCUGAUGUUUCAAAUCCAGAAGGCGAGGAAGUUUGACGAGCCCAGGGCUAGAUUCUAUGCAGCCGAAGUGACACUAGCCCUCAUGUUUCUGCAUCAAUAUGGAGUUAUUUAUAGGGAUUUGAAACUGGACAAUAUUUUACUAGACACGGAUGGCCACUGUAAAAUAGCGGAUUUUGGAAUGUGCAAAGAAGGCAUUAAAGAUGGCAUCACAACCACAACUUUCUGUGGCACUCCAGACUACAUUGCUCCAGAGAUAUUGCAAGAACUGGAGUAUGGCCCAUCAGUGGACUGGUGGGCCCUCGGGGUGCUCAUGUACGAAAUGAUGGCCGGGCAACCCCCGUUCGAGGCCGACAAUGAGGACGAUCUCUUUGAGUCCAUCCUGCACGAUGACGUCCUCUACCCGGUUUGGCUUUCCAAGGAAGCCGUUUCUAUACUCAAAGGGUUUAUGACUAAGAAUCCUGCAAAACGACUGGGCUGUGUAGAAACUCAAGGAGGUGAACAAGCCAUAUUGAGCCACGCUUUUUUCAAGGACAUUGACUGGGAGGCUCUCGAAGCACGCAAGGUCAAGCCUCCGUUUAGGCCUAAAAUUAAAACGAAGCGGGACGUGAACAACUUUGACCAAGAUUUCACGAAAGAGGACCCCGUUCUUACACCCGUCAACCAAGAAGUUUUGCGCAACAUCAACCAGGAGGAGUUCAAGGGAUUCUCCUUUGCCAAUGAAGACUUCAAUCCGGCCAGAUUCGCAGGAGAGGGGGGGCCUGCAACAUAGUACCUUUCCUCCGCUGGUCACUACCUUUCUAGUCAAGGACGCUGUUGAGGCCACCGAAAGGCGAGGCGGAGGAGGAGGAGGGCAGGGCAGGGCACGAGUGAAAUCUAAUUUUUCUCAACUUCUCUCACAGCAGAAAGAUAAAAGUUGUGAAGCCAGUUGGGGGUUCACGAUUAAAAGGUUUAAGUGCCAAGAAAGCUAGCUGCUGGUGCAAGGUGUUGAGAGGCAAAUCAAAUGCAAUGAGGGAUAUAAUCAGCAGGAAAAUUGAGUGUUUAUAAACCCUAUUUCCACGAACGUGUUAUGUACAGUACUGUACAGUUGAGAGUAGUACGCUCUGAACAGAGAUGGGUGAUCAAUGAUGAAGGGGUAGGUUAUGCAGGGAUUUCUUUCAAGAUCAGGGUACUUGUACAGCUUAAGAAUCAGCAGGGUACUCAAUGCAAGAAUGUUAUCUCGAACAGCUCAAUUAAUCGGUGCAAGCUUGGUAACAAUUUAAAUUAUUUUGUUCCCCUAUCUGGAGUUGGUGUCACAAAAGUUUCAAUUUGGGAUCUUCGGACAAAUAUUUAAGCGUAGAACUAGAUGAAAAACACCAGGGAACACUCGACGUGGUGCAUCACGAGGAAUUGCAGUGACCAGCAGUUAUGUCAAAAUUUUUUCUAGCUCUCCAUUUCUAACUGUGAGAACAUCUUGCAUCGUUCUCGCAUCAUGAGAGUUUACGAAGCAUCAUGGUGCAUCACGAUGCAAUAUCGGUGACCUGCGUGCCCUCUCUCUUUCCCCCAGAGACAGAAUACUGGGGGGGAAAAAAAUGUUCCAUCAGCGAGUGUCACGAGGAAUAUUGUGAUGCACUUGAAGGAUCUCCUUAUCUCUGCCUUCUGUAACGUUCGAGACAAAACAACCAUCACGGGGCAUCGUGAGGAAUCGUGGCACAUCACGAGGCAUCACGGGACGUCGUCGGGGGCCUCCUCCUUCUCACCUUUCGUGCUGGUAAUACCGUCAUCAUAUUUGUUUUUCUUUGCUCUCCCCUCUGCAUAGUAGGGCGCUGCACAUUCAUCAGUUGGUUAUUUAUUUUGAAUGUUUAUUUAUUCUGUCUUGCGUGAAUGUGAGAGAGCAUCUGUUUGUGUGUGAGAGGUAAGGAUAAUACACGGUCAGAAAAAAAAAAUGAUUUAGGCGCUUCAGUGACACACACUUUGUGACAACAAUCGUAGUGGUGUCUUUUAGUGUCCCACCAAGUAGCGACUUUUUCAGCAAGAUGUAAUACACUACCAGCUGGCGGUGUGUAAGGCUAUUUGUGUUAGUGUCAUCUAUACUUUUGGUCAACAAAAAAAGUAAAAAUUUCUUUUCCCCUCGCCGUCAAGAUUGCCAGCAAGAGGACGCUCAGUUCAGUUUCUUUCUCAAGAUAUUUCCGAACAGUGUGUCCUUCGUCGUCGCUUACGUGUUUUUUUUUUGUUUUUUUUUAUUAUUUGCGCACGUAUUGAUGUGUCAAACACCACACAGGGACUGGGUGUCAAAAUUUCAUUCUACAGGAGAGUUCAACUUUCCGACAUUUUCAAGUACCUCGACCGUACAUUUGUAAUCCUUUUAAAUAUGUAUUACAUUAGCAAAACGCUCCUAAAAGAGAAUGCUUUACACUGUUAAAAGAGAACUUGACCACGUAGCACUUUCCCAGCCAAUCACCAUUCCAAAUGAUGUCUUUCUGUCUCCUGAUUUGCUGAAAAUGGGAGGAGGCGGAAAGAUCUUGGACGCAUUAUGCGUGCCCCAGAUAGGUGCCUCCCCCUGUUUUGAACAAAUCGGGAGACAUAUUGAUAUCGUUCUGAAUGGUGAUUGGCUGGGAAUGUGCUACGUGGUCAAGUUCUCUUUUAACAAUGUAGUCGUCAAAACUGGAAAUAUGCACUCCUCCUGAUUUCUGAGACGAUCACUAUGUGGACCUUUAAAAGAAUUUUACGCCCAUUUUAUCGCCACUUUUUACCACUAUUUUUCUCGCAGUUGUUUGCCGACUUAAUAUUCGUAUAUUUAUUUGUACAUUUCUCGUUCAUUGGUCAUGUCUAUGUGCAUCGUUACGUCAAUUUAUUAUUGCGCGGAAAUGUUACGUGCACUGGAGACUUAGGAAGGUACGCAGUUAUGGCCACAUUUGUAAUACGUGCAAUCUUGAGCUUACAUUUCUGGAGUGAAAGACGUUUCUCCCACUUGAUUGGAAUCACUCCGGUUCUCACUUUUCAUUGUUGUCUCUAGCACUAUUACAGACUGGAUUGCUUGUGUUGAUUACAAAAUACUACUAGUUGACAGCUUUAUGGGUCUGUUGUUAUUAUUGUAUAGGUUCGCACAAAGACCAGAAUUUUGUUCUCCAUUAACAGUCUAGCAGAAUUCCACUGGCGGGUUACACAGAGUUACACUUUGAUUUAGCGACGGUGGAGUCGCUCAAGAGCACAUUGAGGCCAGCUACGAUGUAAAUUUGCUGUGAGCGGAAGGUCACAUUAUUUGAAGGCCUUUCUCGUCAACAACCAUUAGAGUAUGGAAGAUACAAUCUGUCUCACGACCCUUAAAAUACUACAAAGUUAUGUUCUCACUUUUCCACGCCCAAGAAAAUAAGUUACGUAAACACUACUUUAUUUGUCGAUCACAUCAUGCUAGUCUGCUGCACAAACCGUUUUUUAGAUGGCAGGAGGGAGAGGCAUCCCAUCAAAUGUGUUUUUUUCAUUUAAAAAGAUAGUGCACGAAAGCGAAAAGUCGUUUAUUUGCAUCGAAACGAGAUCUCGCGUAUUGCGGAUAAAAAAAAAACUAUAUCAAACCAUCGCUAUCUCUAAGAGGAACGCCGGGUGGACUAAAAUAGUAUAUCUUGGAAGGAACGCAAACAGUAUGCAAGCCACGUACGCCCCAAAUGGAUGUGCUUUCAUCCGAGACAGAGAAGGAACUCAAUACUGUCAAUGGUUCUAGCAUGUAGCCGUGUUUUAAGCCAUAGUUACGAGAACACACAUCAUAGAAGUGGUAGCCUUUCUCCCCUCCCCCAGACACUCUUGUUGACACGCUGUAAUAGCAGAUUAGACUUGAGUUUUCUUUUUGUGUAAAUUUCUACAGUUUCCUUUGGUAGCGUGUAACAAUUCCCUCGCAUGUAAGGAAAAAAAAUUUAAAAAAGAGAGACGAAAGAUAUAUGGGCUAAAACUCGUCCGAGCCAUACACAUCCUGUUUGCAUAGGUCCUCUGAACAGGGUCUCUCAAACACUGACGGGACCUUUCCCGUAAUUUCCGCGCAACUGUUUCUGAUCUGCAGGAAUUGAGCUGAAGAAUAAUGGAAAAAUGGGCCUUAUUUGGGGAGCUGUCUUUUGGUGGAUGUGGCCACUGUUACGUUGUGCAGCCUAGAGGGUCAACGCAAAGGGCACUGUUUGGCUCAAGUGGGCCACUCAUUUCCAAUGUUCUUCGGUUUUUACUCCUGCGACAAGAUUUCGAGAAAGAAAAAAUUGUGACGAAACGUACGAGUACCGUAUUUUCCAGUAUAUAACGCGCGCAUUAUACAUUGCAAAAGUGUCCCAAAGAUUCAGUGCGAAUUAUGCAUGAGAAUUUUUCGUUCCUAAGAGGAUGCCGUGCAACCUCUGGCCUCUAGCCUUGGUCCUACUGCUCGACGUAGGCGUAAAUCGUUCAUUUAAAUGCCAUGCAGAUAGAUGGACACUCAGCACACUGGCUUUCAUUACUGUGCGCAAUAGAGUUUACAAUUCCUGUGCACUAUUAGCACCGGCACCUUCACCCACGUGGUGUGUGUUAUGCAUCCAUGCACAUUAUACGUUGGACAUUUUCAGAGUUCCGCUCGUUUCUGUGGGUGCGCGUUAUACACUGGAAAAAAACAAUUAGUAGUCAAGCAUUGCAAUCAGGAAGUGGAUGGCUUGGGUGAAUCGCGCUAUAUAUAUAAAUAUAUAUAUAAAAACAUUGCAUAACCUUCCAUGCGACCAACAGACCGGAAUGGUGUCACGCAAACAAACAAAAAAUGUGAAUAUAGUGUGUGCGCCACUUUUUAAAAGACAAGUGUCACAUUGUAUGCCUUGGAUAUGUGAGCUGCCGAUGAAGAUGAAAUAAAAUCAGGUGUUGAGAGAGAA